GGGAACAAAAACCAAAGUGCUUUCACAGAGAACAGAAGCAACCAAAAACCAUACAAAAAUGUCCAACAUUCAGAAGUUUUGUCUAGUCCUGAUGCUGCCCCUUAUGUGGACCCUGGUCACUGCGGAUACCCCAAUCAGACAAUGUGCGGAUAGCAGCUAUCCCCUACCGCUAAUGGUGCAGAUCGAUGAGUGCGAUGCCGUGCCCUGCGACUUUUGGAAGGGAUCCGAGGCCAAGAUCGACAUCCAGUUUGUUGCCACUCGAAAUUACAUGAAGAAGUUGUCGGCCGAAGUGCGUCUCACCUCGCUGGGCGUUACCAUACCCUACGAUCUGGAUGCCAGCCGUGGAAAUGUGUGCCAGAAUCUCCUGCACGGCGCAUACUGUCCCCUGGAUGCCGGCGAGGAUGUCACCUAUGAGCUGCUCCUGCCCGUGAACACCAAUCAGCCCGAGGUGCCCACCCGCCUGGAGGUCAGACUCCUCGAUGUGGACAAUGACAAUCAGGUGGUGUCCUGCUUCCUGACCGAUGCGCGCAUUAAGAAGCCCAGUGCGUUGUAGAACUGCACUGGACUGUGUGUUGAGGAGUAGGUUAAGUCGAGACAUUGUAUCAAUGUUGCUGCACUGAGCAUCUGCCGAUGCCAAUUAAUAGGCGUAGUUAAGCUGUUGUGGCACUAAGCCCCGACAAACACUAUUAGCAGUUAUGAAUAAAUAAUUAGGG